AUUAUUGUAAAAUGAAUAUACUUAUGAGAUCACACUUUUCUUGCAAGUCAAAAGGGAAAGGGAAAUCCCAAUAAGACGAAAAUGAACACCAAUGCGUUACCUCUAAGAAACUUCAGAAAAUUUAUAAUUAUUAUCACAUCGUCACCACUCAGAUUCCCAAACUUCCAUGCACUGCUUCGUUCACAUUCAUUUUUCUUCUCUUUUUUACAUUUGUAAAGCUUCAACAGCAACAUAAUGGUGGUGGUGAAAUCCUCAAAGCCAAACCGUAAACAUUUCAUGCUCUAUUGUUUCAUAUCAAUCUUCUUCCUCUGCAUACUAGCCUCCAUAAACGAACUUCGAUUCGACAACCUCGUAAGUUUCGGUCGAUGCUCUCUCUCAAACUCUUCUUCCAUUUCAAACAAACAACAACAAGAAAUCAGAAUCCUCAUCGGAAUUCUCACACUCCCCGACCAAUACCUCCGACGCCACUUCCUCCGUCUCGUAUACGGAACACAAAAUCCCGAAGGCGCAAAAAUCGACGUAAAAUUCGUCUUCUGCAACCUCACAAAAGAAGAACAAAAAACCACAAUCGCCUUAGAAAUCAUGCGUUACAACGACAUCAUAAUUCUGAACUGUACAGAAAACAUGAACAAAGGGAAAACCUCAACAUUCUUCACGACUCUCCCUUCGAUUUUCAACGAAACAGUAAAAGGACCAAAUUACCCUCCCUACCAUUACGUUAUGAAAGCUGACGACGACACUUACGUGAGGCUCAAUAGUUUAGUGAAAUCAUUAAAACCGUUACCGAGCGAGGAUUUAUACUAUGGUUUCGUGAUACCGUGUGGAAGCAUGGACCCUUUUAAACACUAUAUGUCUGGGAUGGGGUUUUUAGUGUCUUGGGAUAUUGUUGAGUGGAUUCACGGUUCUGAUAUUCCGAAGAAACACGUGGAGGGUCCAGAAGAUAAGGUGUUUGGAGAUUGGAUGAGGUGGGGUCGUAGAGGAUUAAAUAGGUAUAAUGCUAAAUGGGCUAUGUAUAAUUAUCCUGAUCCACCUUCGGUUUGUAGUCAUGACCUUGUGCAUGAUACAAUUGCGGUUCAUUUGUUGAAGAAUCAAGAGAAAUGGGUCAAGACACUUAACUUUUUCAACCACACUGCUCCUUUGAUGCAAUCCAACUUGUAUCAACAUCUAUCUUAGCUUGAUUAGUCUUUUUUUUUUAUUUACCUAAUCUUUGCUAUUCAACAUUAUUUUAGUUUAUUUUUUCAUAUAUGAUGAAAUAAUACCACAAAGGUUUUACAUAGCAGUUGUGCUGUAGCGAUUCUUGAUAUUGGAGAGAAUUAAUCGCAGCUGAUUCAGUCGCAAUUGUUGGUUUAUUAAAGUUUUGGCAAUAUAAUAUACUGUUAUUUUGCGGCUUAA